UCUAACCUAAAAAUAAUCUUAAAAAUCCUAGAAUCUUUUUAAAAAAUACUGCUUACUUACUAAAGAAUUUGCAAUAAUAUUAAUUUUUAGUGAAAUAAUAAUUAUUGUCCAUUAAUGAGGUAUCAAGAAAUACAUAUGCAAGAGGCUUUUGUUCUGUUAAAAAUUGCAUCUUGACAGAAACGAACCUCCUAGCAUGUUGACUGACGAGAUCGACGAGGACAUUGAAGCUCUUUUAUAUGCCCAAGUCUAUCAUGCAAAGUCGGCAGAGGGCAACAAGUCCCAAAUUAUUGUAGCGAGGGAAGACAUUUCCAAUGCCAAUGACAAAGAAGAAUGUAUGGAUGAUAACAGACAACAAGAAAAUUAUGGUCAACCAGCGAAUCUAGAACCAUCGCCUGAGACUACGCCUACUGCGGACCCCAAUCUAUCACUCAAUAAUCUCCAAUGUUCAGAAAUAUCCACUUCUACUACUAAAACAGGUUCUUUAGAACCCACCCAAAUACCAGUUUCUCCAGACGACCCGAUAAGUGAUCAAGAACACACAAAUCAAAAUUUUUGUCCUGGACCGAAAUUUUUUGAUCGCCUUCAAAGCUUCAAAACCAAAACUAAUUGGUCGGACAAAUGUGAACAAGCCUUAAUAAAUGUCCAAGCAGGGUUGAUCAAUGAGAAGCAAUUUUUUAGAAUUCUCAGACGCGUUUCUCUCCAGAAGAAAAAACGUAGGAAACAAGCACAAAAAACCCUGUCAACUGUUUGCAGUGACAUUGUAUAUUUAAGUGACAGCAGUGAUGAUUCAGAUAUAGAGAUUGUGAGUGUAAAAGAAAAGAAUAUGGAAGAAGUUACACAAAUAAGUGAUAGUGACGAAGGUGGUGAAAAUGAUGAUAUCAUUUAUAUAGAACCGCCUCCGGUGCCAGUUGUCACUGUUGCUGAUGAAACCGAUGAGAAUGAAGAACUACCAGAUGAACCGCCUGGAGUUGAAGAACCUUCACUCCACAUUGAUGAAGAAGCUUCCAACGAUUUUUUGCCAGCUGCAACAACUAGUGGAGAAAAUUUUAAUUUCAGUUUACAUGGUUCCGAGUUUCAAGAUGCUGAGUUUGUUCGACCAGCUAAUCCUUGUGAUCACUAUGAAACUGAAAGCAGUACAAGCACAUCGGAUUUCAAUAGAGAAUCCAGCAGAGAAUUUAGUAAUACUGUUAAAACUAUAGUUUUUAACGAAGUUGACUUUCCUAAAGAUAUUUUUGAUGAUAGUAAUAAUUUAGAAAAGUUUGGUGAACUUAUUACACCAAAAAGAAAAAAUAAAUCUGCCAAUAGUGAAGAUGACCUAGAAAAAGCAGGUACAAGUGGAUACAGAAAACGUCAUAAUCGGAGAAAAUCAUCAGAAAGUGGAAGUAGUUCUGAAAGCGAUUACGAUCCUUCAGAAAGCCAUCAGCAUUUGCCUCAUUUAUCUCCUAUGGUGCCAGUUCAGUCAUCCCCACUCAAAAAACGUAAAAAUUCAGUUCAAAAUAAGGACAGACCAUUGGAGGAGAAUCAAGAUAUAAUAGCUGGAGAGGACACCAAUGCUGACAAGAAAACGAAAAAGAAAAGGAAAAAGAAAAAUACAGGAGAUACUACUAAUGAAGAUUUGGAAAAAUCAGACGAAUCUGAUGUUCACACCACAACUAGUAGCUUAACAAAAGGUGCAACCGCUCCUACAAUAAAAACCGAGAAAAUAGCUAAAAAAAACGAAUUACCAAAGAAAAAUAUGAAGAAAAAAAACAAAACAGGCAGGGAGGAAAUAAUACCACAGGCUGACAGAACUCGUAAGGAGGAAAUAGCCCUACGGGCUCACCUUCGCCUUUUUGACGAAAUUGAAGAACUUCGAGGGGAAACAGAACAGAUUGUAGGCGAUUUGAUGACGAGGAAAGGACGCACACGCUGGUUACUACGGAGUCAAAAAGCAGGUGAAGAGAACGCUGACAUUGUUCCAUUGAGAAAAAAGAAAAAAAAGAAAAAGAAAAACAAAGCAGUCGAGAAUCUCAAUGACGGAGUUGAUCAAUCCAAUGCUGAAAUUGAUUUAAUUAUUACUGAAGAGGAACAAAAUGACAUGUUCGGAAAUGAUUUUGAUAAAGGGCCGAUGGAAGGUGAUCAAGAAACAACUUGCACUAAAGUGACUGAAGAAGAGUGCAAGAAGCGCAAAAGUGACAAUAAUUUUGAAAGAAAUGACAAUAAAGAGGCUGAAAAGAAUAAGAAAACAAAACGAAAUUCAUCCAGCAAGCAAAAUAGUUUUGCAGAUAAAGAAGUUAAUGGAGUAGGCCAGGAUGAAGAAAAAGUAGAGGAUAAUUUAAUUACAGUUGAUGAAGAUGAUGACAUAUUGAUAAUCGAGAAACCGAUUCCACUCCACGUUAUUCAAUCUUCAGAAUCAGAGGAUGAUAUCAUCAGCUUCGGUGAUUUAGGACAGGAACUCCAACUGGCAAACAUAGAAAAUGAGAGGAAAAAUGACGAUAAGCUUAAAGAUUUCGAUAUUGAAAAUAUAAAAAGUAGGAUGUCAGAUGAUCCGCUCAAAUGGCAGGUGAAUACUAAAGAUAUAAACAAAGUAAAAACUCCCGCUUGUGGUCCAAGAUGUAGAAAAUGUAGACAGACUGGACACAUAGCAAUGCGUUGUCCAAAUAAGCAAGAGCUACCUAGGUGUUUUUUGUGUGGCUUUGAAGGACAUGAGGAACCUAGGUGUAAAAACAAAGUCUGUUUCACGUGUGGUGCCAGAGGAAGUUUUUCGACAGUCUAUUGUUAUAGAUGUGUCAACCAGAGAAAACUUAGAUGUGCCUUGUGUCACCUAAUCGGUCACUCGAGUGAAGGCUGCCCGGAUCUUUGGAGACGAUAUCACUCGACCACCAAACGGGGUCCAGUGGUAGUAUCCAAGGACAAUAGGUUAAAACCGAAAAAUCUACGAUGGUGCUCGGGAUGCGCCGCAAACGGACAUUUAGAAUUUCAGUGCAAGAGUUAUCGGUGGCUCAGGGAGUACCCUGUAACGUCGCCUAUUAUAUUUGAAUGGCAUGACGUAUACGAUAGCAAAAAUGAUGAGUCAGUGGGGAAAGCCUUUGACUUGAGAGGGAUAUUGGAUUCAAACCGUGAAAACACAUCAGACUUGAGAAAGAAACUGGAUGAGAGGAGGAUGAAAAGCAGUACCAACAGCAUCGCAUCUACAGCUGACACCACUCAAACAGAUGCUGAUAAUAAUACCAAUGCCAAAUCUCAAACAUCCCAAACUUCUACAGAAACUCCAAAGGUUUCUCAACCUCCUUCGACAGAAAGUCCCCUACCUCCUGAAGGUCCUCAGAUUCUUCAAGUUUGCCAGACACAAAAUCCUAUUCUAAGUGCAGAAAGAAGUCUGAAUGUUUCUCCUAAUAAACCAGACAUAAACAUAAAUAAAUCAAAAAAAAGAAGACAGAAUCGAGAUCGAAGACCAAAUCCCGUGUCCUUUAUGAACAAUAGGCACGCUCAGUAUGAAACUAGAAACUGGUCAAACGAGAGGUAUCAAAGUGUACUCAAUCCUAACUUGGGAAUGGACAAUAGGCCUUACCCAAACCAAAUACAGCAAUUUCCAAACCAACCUCAGCAAUUUCCAAACCAAAUACAGCAAUUUUCAAAUCAAUUCCAGCAAUUUUCAAAUCAAAUUCAGCAAUUUCCAAAUCAAAUUCAGCAAUUUCCGAAUCAAAUUCAGCCCUUCAACCAAAUCCAGCAGCUGAACUUGUUCAAUCCGAUUCCUGCAUUUUAUCAACCGCCACGAUAUUACGAUUUUACCCGGGAUAAUGAACGUUGGAAUGAUAAUAAUCCACAGAUGUUUACCAGGUUGACUUAUGAGAAACCUCGACCACUCUUAGAUAUCGCCUUUUCUCCACCCAACAAUCGACAUUUGCCCGUUAGAAAUUUCUCUAGUAGAGAUUUUUCGAAUGCUCCUUUUACUAUUACUCGUGAGCCUUCCCCAAGAUUGUUGGAGUUUUCUGGACCACACCAAUCAGAAAUGGUAAUGCAUUUCGUUGAACCUUAGAGCAGGCCGUAAAGCAAAAGUGGAGCUGGAUUUGAAUGACCGCAGGCCACCAAGUUGACCAAUACGUGAGUUGGUGAUGCUGCCACUAUGCCACUCCUGCUGUAAGAUUUAGACCAAAACAGACUAGACAGAUGUAUUUAAUUAAAUAUGUUUUUUUUUUACUUAUAAAAUUUAUUUGUCCAAUAUAUGUAAUUAUCUUUUUCUUUUUUGUGAUAUUUGCAACCAAAGUUAAGAAAGUUUGAGGUUUGAGUAAUCGAAUUUCAAAAUUUGUUUGCUGAUUCCGAUUUAUACCCCAGCUUUGAAGCUUGAACCAAUUUUCUGUGGAAAAAUAAUGAACUUUGAUACCCUCCUCUAUCAAAAUACUACGUUUCGUGGCACCAUUGCACCAAUUUACUUACCAAAGUGAGGCAAUCUUUUGAAUUGAAGAAUAAGUAUGUAUAAUUUUUAAAAAGUUAUGCCUACAAGUAUUGUGAUGUUUCGUUACGCCGAAAUGUUCAUACUUAAGCUUCAAGCUGGCGACAUAAGAAUAUUUCCUAAUUUAAAAAAGUAUAAGUCUUUAACAUUAAAUAAUAAACCCAAACUUCAAACCUUCUCAGUUCUCAAAGAGCUUUUUUGUUGGAAGAGAAACGAGAAACACUUUGAUUGUGAAUAACUAUAAAUAUUUGUUUACCAUAUUUUGUAAUACUUGGGUAUUUUCAAAUACAAUUAUUGUCAAUAAAGAC